AAUACCUUAUUUUUAAGGAAGGACUUGGGAAAUUCAUGAAUACAAAACCAAAACUAAACAAAAAUUGAUAAAUUUCUAAAAGCAAUCGAAACAUUCUAUUAAUAAAUGUCUUUUAUGAAACAACAGUGUGUAAUUUUAGUAUGAAGGACGAAGUAAAAUAUAUGAUAAUGGCGAAGAUUAAAGAUUCAAGCGAGGAAAUUCAGAUAAUGAUGCAGAAGCAAGAAGAAUUGAGACGAGACAUUAAAAAUGAUAACUGCAAAAAAGAUCGAGAGGAGAUGGAAAAGCAAUUUGAAAAUGUUGAAAAAGGUGUAGAUUCAUUGGCGACACACUGUGACCUUAAUUCUACCAGACUAAAUGAAAUUAAAGAAUUGGUAUUUACUUUGUCUGAAGGUGUGAACAAUAUUACUGAAACAGUUAGACAUAUCAAAGAAAGCUAUAUUGAACGGAUUAUUGCUAAUGGCAAGAAAUCGGAAGCUGUAAAAGAUAGACUUGAAAAUGUUUCAGUUUCUUCAACAGUUAGUAGAAACACAGGUUGUUUGCCAAAUGAUGGAUGCAUUUCAUCACCCGAAAUAGUUAAAUCCUGUUUUUCAAAUGAAUUAGAAAAAUACAAUCAAUUUGAAACAAACACCAUUGACGAAAGCAAUGAAUAUAUCCGUCAUAUAGAUGGUGGUCCGUGUGACGACAAUAAUUUAGACGUUGAUACUCCAUCAGAAAAGAACACCGUUCUAUAUAGCAAUAUAUCGGUAUCCGAUAUAACAGAUACAAACUGUCAAAAUGACAAACUUUAUGUAAAUGGUGGAAAAGUAGACGAACAAAAUGAAGCUGGCGAAAUUCAAACUUUGUCAAAAUCAAAUGGUAAAAUGUGUAGAAACGAUUUGGGUUUUAAAAGUUUGUCAACAGAAAGGCUCUAUGACAACCGUGUAAGUUUCCUUAGUAAAGGCGUUGAAGGUACAAAAUAUUCUCCAGUAUCUGACGUCAAGAAAACUGUACCAAAGAAACCUAAUAUACAACAACAACAUUCAGAUUUCCCAGAUACAAGGUCACAAUUUCAGUCACACAUAAGGCCUCCUAACAAUAGAAGACGGCGGCAUACAGGAUUUCUAAAUGUUGAUACUGCCGAUAAUUCUAUUAUGGGCUUAGAUACGUCUGGUCAACCAAAGACCAUAAAUGAUUGGCUGAAGCAUUAUCAUCAUGUUUGUGAGCAUGCUAAAUACAGACUUCGAUCAGGUACAGUAAGGCGUACGGGUGGACGUUAUGUAACAUUGGUAUUAGAUAUAUCAGAACGUCUGAAAGGCCGCAAGUUUGAAGUAAUGAAAAAAGCAGCAGUAGAGUACGUGGAAGGUGUAAAACAAGUUUGGGUAACAACUGGGCUGGAAGAGAAUAUUGGUUUAGCAGUAUUUGGCGGAAAAAACCAACUUAUUCAUGAGUGUACUUCUGAACUGGACCUUGUUUUGAGAUCUAUAGAUAAACUAGAGCCAUGUGGUGAUGCACCUGCGAUUGGAGGGUUAUUGAUGGGUGAGGCUGGCGUAAUAACAGGUCCGCGUGGAAAUAUCGGAGAUUUUCCAGUCCAAGGACAUAUUAUUAUAUUUACGGAUAGCGGAUCGGAAGGAAACGCAUCCUAUUCUUCUACUCCCUUUUCCCUUGCGAAAAGUGGAAUUGAUUUGAAAUCAAUGCUUGAUAAUGGCGGUAUUACAUUGUCUCUCUCGAGUACCGGUAUUAGUUUGGGAUCUUCACUUGAUGGCAAUGAUUUAUAUAACCACGCAGGAGUAGAAUCGGUUAUCCAUUCCGUUGUCGCAUUACAAACCAAAGUCUUUUAUGUUCAAAUUGGAAAAUAUCAGAAGAACGCGAUAUUGGAACGUGUAGUGAAGGAAACGAGUGGGAAAAUGUUAGACACCAGAGAAAUGCAUCGUUUAGUACAGAUGCAUAAAGUAAUGAUUAUUGCUGCCAGAAUAGCUUCCAAUAUUAUGCAUUCUGCUGACCAAAGCAGAGAAUCAAUAAAGCAACAGAUAAAAGAAGAAUCCGGUUGUGAUGAUCCGUAUAACGACUGCCUCGAUAUGGUACUUGAAUUUGUAAAUCCAUUAAGCGUAGAGAAGAGACGGGGUUAUUUUACUGAAUUAACAUGUCGGUCUUUACAACUUGGUGAUAGAGUACGACGUGGACCAGACUGGCAUUUUGGUAAUCAGGAUAAUCAUUUGGCUGGAACCGUCAUUGGACAAGAAUCGCAUGGUAUAGCCAGAGUUCAGUGGGAUAAUGGUGAUACCAAUAUCUACAGGCAAUGUGACGAAACUAAUACAUACAAUCUGCGAAAGGUAGAUGAACCUAGAAUACUGGUGGAUGAGAUGAUAGCUGUUGGUUGCAGAGUUGUUAGAGGACAUGAUUGGAAGUUUGGUAAUAGAGAUGGUGGGGUUGGAAGUUUAGGGACUGUUUUAGACGUGAGACCAGAAGGAAAGGUUGUGGUGAGAUGGGAUUCUAAAAGAACAGGGCUAUAUAAGAUGGGGCAUAAUGGACGGUUUGAAAUUAAAGUACAUGGUGCACCUGUUAGGAGUAGGAGUAAAAGGAAUGAAUACAGAUCUGAAUAUAAAAGUCCACACACCUCGGACAGUGAAUCAGAAAAUGAAUCACUUCGACCAAAACUCCGAACAACCAGAGCCAAUGCCACACAAGAACCAAUGGAUUACGUCAUUCCGAUAUAUUCUGAUGCAACAGUGAGUGCCAUUUGGGAAUAUGAGGAAGGCUCUGAGUGGAAAAAGUAUCCAAAUGAUAUAAAUGUAAAGAUUGAAAAAGCUUAUCAAAGAAAGAAGACAGGAAAAAUAAUCAUCGAAAUGGAUAGAACAACAUACCAAAUAUAUUUUCAAAGAAUGAUUCAAGAGAAUCCAAGUAAUAAGACAGAAAAAUCCAUCCGCAGAAAAGAUUAAGCUAGGAGAUAAUAAAGAGAACAUGUCUGCAGAGAAUGGAAAGUUAAUCUACAUUAAAAUGUAUACAUUAUAGUUGCAUCUCUUGUAUAAUGUAGUGAAUUUUGUUAUAUUUUAAUUAUGAUAUAAUAAAUCAU